UGAUUUUUAAAUAUCAUAACUUACAAAUUUAUGAUCUAAUAUUGAGCCAAACCAAAAUUAAAUAAUUCUAACAAUUGUGAAACAAUUUAAUUUAGCUCAUUUAAGUUAUACAUUAACUGAAAACAAAUUUAUUAAUUUUAAAUUCUGUGCAUUUAAUUUUUCUCUAAUAAUCAUGUUCUUGUAGGUAGGAAAUUAAAACAAUCUUAAAAAUGAAUUUAAUCGUAAGCUUGUGUUUUGUGGGUUUUGUAUCUUGUAUUGAACAUGAUUACAAGGGAUUUGACGAUACAAUACUCUUCUCUAUAAAUUGGCCGGGGUCUCCAGAAAACUUGGAAAAUUUAGUUGAAGGAAACACAAGAAACUCACAAUUACAGAAAAAAGAAGUGUUAAAAGUAACAACAACAAAUAAAGAGCAAUAUGAAUGCCACAUUCCGGAGUUGCAGCCCAAGCAGUCAUCCAGCCCUGAAGAGCAUGUUGGAGCUUUGCCGCUCAACCUCCUGAAGCCUCUGUUUGGCCAAAAGAUAUGCUCAUUUAGGUUAGAGAGUUACUGGAGCUAUGAAGUGUGCCAUGGAUCACAUAUAAGGCAGUAUCAUGAAGAGAGAGAUGGAAAGCAGUUGAAGACUCAACAGUAUUAUCUGGGGCACUGGAACACUCAGCGGCAAAAGAAGUUAGAGGAGGAAAUGAUAGCUGCUAUGGAGAAGAAGGAACCAUUCAAAACCACUAAGGUUGAGGGAAUAACACUGCCUUACGUUGAGAUGUUGUUUGAAGAAGGGACAAUAUGUGAUUUGAAUGGCAAACCUCGUGCUACUAGAGUUUUGUACGUCUGCUACGCUCACGGCAAACAUGAAGUGUAUUCUUUUAAAGAGACAUCCACUUGCGAGUAUGAGAUUGUAAUCCUAUCUCCGCUACUUUGUGAACAUCCGCAGUUUAAACCAAAUCAGGUCACAGAGAAUGUGAUUGAUUGCUUCUCCAUAGGAGAUGCUCCGAAGAAACCAAGAAAUUUACUCAAAAUGGAGGUCGACAGUUUGAGGUUCCACCAUCACUCUAUUCGGUUGACGAAUAAUGACGGAGAGACACACUUGAAGUUCGAGCUUCAUCCACUAAGCGAGGAUAAUGUGGUAGAAGAAGCUAAGAUUACACAAUUAGCACCCACUAUUAGUGACGAUUCCCCUGUCAGAGCUUUCUUGAACGGCGAAAACUGUUUGAACGGGGGCACAGGUUGGUGGAAAUACGAGUUCUGUUACGGCAAGCACGUGACUCAGUACCACGUCGACCGCGCCGGCGAGAAGACGUCUCUGUUGUUGGGGAAAUUCGACGAGGACGAACAUCUCAAGUGGAUCGCUGAGAAUAAGGGGAAGGCGCCUAAACCUGUUGAAUACCGCACAUCUGUCUCGCACUUAUACUCUGGCGGUGACGUUUGCGAUAAGACCGGCCAGCCUCGCCGCACUGAAGUGAAGCUUAAAUGUUUGGAGAACUCCUCCAGUCCUGCCCAGGUCUCCCUGUACUUAUUGGAGCCGAGGACCUGCCAUUAUAUAUUAGGCGUGGAAUCACCGUUAAUAUGCGACAUUUUGCCGCUGGCCGACGAAAACGGACUUAUAAAAUCCAGCAAGCCGAUUUUGGUGAAGCAAGACAGUAUUGAUGAUGAUAGAGAAGACGCUACUGAUGAACCAAAGGCCAAUGACGUUCCUAAAAUCGGCAAUGAUUAGUAUAAAAAUUGAUGUGUGCAUGUUUUUGUUAUAAUUUUUGUCAGAUACACUAAAGGGACUAAGAUAAUGUGUGAUUUUGCUUUUAAUAACGUCUAUAUCUGAGUCUUUAUGAUGCAAUAGAAAUAAAAAGUUUAAGUUACAUUAUUUAUUUGUAAAUGUGAUUUUAUGGAAAUAAAUUUUGUCUGUUGAA